AUGUCAAGGAAGCGCCCCGCUGAGAGUAUGGCAGGGCGUGUGGCCUUCGUUGGCUUGGGUGCCAUGGGCUACCACAUGGCCGGGCACUUGGCGAAGCGGCACCCCGGCCGCUGCCGGGUGUGGAAUCGCUCGGCCGAGAAGGCCCGGCGCCACUCCGAGGAGUUCGGCUCCAACGCCGCGACCUCCUUGGCGGAGCUCUCGGACAGCCAGGUGGUGGUUUUCUGCCUGCCUACCUCCAAGGAGGACGAAGCCAUCGUGGAGCAGGUGGCACCCCACCUGGCGCGGGAUUCCUGCGUCGUUUCGUGCACCUCAGGAGAGCCAGGUGUGACCACCCGGCUCGCGACGUCCCUGCGGGAUCGCUUCGGGGUACACUUCCUGGAUUGCCCCGUCAGCGGUGGCCCCAAGGGAGCUGCAGCAGGCUCCCUGACUUGCAUGCUGGGCAGCGACAGCGACGAUGCUGCCGAGUCGGUGAUGCCCUUCCUGGACAGCUUCGCCAAGAAGGUCGUCCGUUGCGGGCCGGCUGGGGCAGGGCAUGCGGUAAAGGCCGUGAACAAUGCCCUGAACGUCACCCACCUCCUCCUCGGUGCAGAGGGGCUUUUGGCCCUCCAGCGCCUGGGCGUGGACCCGCAGGUUGCCCUUGAGGCCAUCAAUGGUUCCAGUGGCCGCUCACUGCAGACGGAGCAACGCCUGCCGCAGGAGGUGCUGACGCGGCGGUUUGGCGACUUGGCCAGCGUGGCAAAGGUUGAGGGCUCAAGGCUCAGGCGGUUAGACGGUCCGGGGCGGGUGCGGUACCCCGACGUGUUCUCCGAUUACCUUCGCCUGCUCUUUGACAUGCAUCCCCAUCUCUUGGGGAAGCGGCUUGGCGAGACUCCUCCGCCGGGGGGGAGAGGUCGAAGGGAUGGGAGCAACAAGGCCCCCGCGACCACACGACUUGGAGAACAUGGGAGUGACAACCCACUCCAAGGCGCGGGACAGCCUGCCGGCAUUGCUGGGGGCAAGGUUCUGAGCCUGGAUAUGCUGGCCAUGCAGCAGCUUCUUGAGGUGCAGAAGGAGCAGAUCUUGGAGGCCAACCGUACACAUGCACAAGGACUCCUUGACGCGCUUGAAGUGAGGCAUGGGCAACGCAUCACGGCCCUUGAGCAGACCGUGACUGGAGUGGACACUACGGUUCGCGACUUUGCCUCCAGGUUGGAGCUGGUUGAGCAGCAGCUGAAGCAGGGAGUGUCUUCCGGUGGACUGGAUGACAAACGCCGGCACACACUCGUGAUAGGUGGCUGGGAACGAGACACCAGGCGUGGGACUAUCUUGAGUGAGGUUGAGGAGGCCCUCAAGCAGCUCAAACUGAUGGACCUGACGGACACCAAGGCCUUCACCACGGGGCCCAGGCGCUCAGUUGCCCUUCUCCCCUUCGAGCUCAGGAAGAAUGAACUUGAGUCGGCACGGAAGGAGAGGAUGUACGGGGUGCUCUCUGGCUUGAUGGAUGGCGGCCUCACCACAUCUGCGGGGAAGCGACUCUGGGCAGCUGUGAGCAAGAGCAAGGAGCAACGUGAGAUUGGGGGGCAUUGUGCGUGGUUGAAGCGGGCCCUGGGGACGUUUUCGGCGGACCUAGCAGGACAACUGGACCUCGAGUACUCCUCGGGCUCCUCCUGGCUGGGGGCUUCCAUGACAGGGAGUGCCACACUUCCGAUUCCCCCGGGGACAGACAUGCGCCAUAUCUUCGUUGAUGAACGCAGCGGUAGCAAGCCGUGGUUCGAUCUCAAGGCCCUGAAGACGGAGACCAAGCUUGGCACUCAGCAGCUGCGGGAUGCGCUACAGCAGCCAGGGCCGGCAAGCCGAAUUCAGAGGGGCAAAGCAGCUCAGUGUGCCGGCACUCGGCCGGUGGACCGGGGUUUUCGAGUUUUCGGAUGGAACCUUGGAGGAUGUUCGGCCGACACGCUUUGCGACUUGGUCAAAACGGCUACACGUGAGGCGGUUUUCGACAGUGAUCUUUUUCUUCUACAGGAACUUCCUCGCUCACGCACAGGUUGGGCGACCACCACCACCAAGGAAGGGUACAGGCUUGUGGGUCAUCAGGGUUCUUCACAGUGGCGAGGGACAGGGCUUCUCUAUUCGCCCCUGGCGUGGUCGGUUAUUCGCAGGGUCGCCAAAGGGAAGGGUACCUGGUUCCUGCUGAAGUCUUUGCGAAGUUCGGUUCAAUUCUGGGUUGCAACCUUUCACUUCACUCCUGGGCUUACGGUUCAGAAGCACGAGCAGGAAGUCCUGGAGUUCCUCAAGGGGCGACCUUCGGACGGCAGGCCUGUCCUGUUGCAAGGGGAUUCCAAUGCUCACUUAGGCUGGGUUGCUGGGUCUGGGGCUGUUGAAGCUCUUGGCCUUGAGGGAAAAUCCAUCAUGAUGCUGGACCAGUUUUCGGCAGCGGGCAUUCGGCUUUGCCUUCCGCCGUCAAGGCAGUUCUCGACUCCUACCAGCAGGCCCCGACGCGAGGACUGUGAGGGUCAUCAGAUCGACUUUGGGGCGACAAAAGGGGUCCUCAGGGCUGCUCUCUACAUCCACGAGGACUCUUACAUGCUGCAGGGCACUGACCACGAACUGCUGGAGCUCCGCUUCUGGCUCAGGGUGGAUAGGGCGUUCCCUCGGCACUGCAGCCGACCCAGGGUUUGGACUAAGGGGCCUUCGCACAUUGACUUCCUCGACCAGGAUGCUCUCCGACAGCUAGCUCGUCGGUCUUGGGAGAGCGCGAGGAUUCGAAGGGCUACGGAGGGGGACUGGCAGGCUUUCCGAGAUGAGACCCGGGUUCAAGCGACGGGUUGGGACCUUGUCUACGCUGAUGCCCAAGCCUGUGAUCCUCACCAGUCUGUGCACCAACACCUUACUGAGGUUUACUCGGGGGAUGACCUUCCUCCACUGCCCCCUUUCGUGGGGCCGGUCCAGGCGUUCAGCAUCGAAGAGCUCACCAAGGCGGUCUCGCAGAUACGGAAGGGGAAGUCGGUUGGGGUUGAUCUCACAUCCAGGGAACUACUGGACGGCAUCCUGCAGACGACUGGGGGCCCUGAGCACCUACUGGAGUUUAUGAAUCGUACAUUGUGUACACAGACUGUGCCCCGAGAUUGGAAUCGGCCCCUUGUCAUCAUGCUCGCCAAGACUGACUCCCCUACUGCUCCGUCGGACCUCAGGCCCAUAGCAGUUGGCUCCUCAGCAGCCAAACUCUUCUCACGCCUCCUCGUCAACCGCAUCGCUCCUAAACUAGCUCCACGGACUCACUCUCAGUGCGCCUCGUCAGGACGACAGACAUGCGACGUGGUUUGUUCGCUGUGGAAGCUCUGCGAGUUAGAACGAGAGUGGAAGGCAGGGUUAGGGGUGGUCAAGGUAGAUGUGCGAAAAGCCUUUGACUCAGUUAAUCGGGCUGCUCUCCUUGCUGCUUUACGCGCCAGACUCGGCGACACAGCCGAAUACCGGUGCUUCCACGCCCUGCUGGUCGACGUGGAGGCCGUCCUCCAGACUUGCUGGGGCUCGAGUCUGUUGGCCAUGAAGUCUGGAAUAAAACAGGGAUCGAUCGAAUCUCCGAUCCUUUUCUCGUUCCUCAUGGAGGUUGCGUUGGAGCAGGCCAGGGUUAAGUACUCGUGGGAUCAGGGUUCGCACCUCUUCCAUGAUAUGUUGGAGGAGGACCUCCUGUAUAUGGAUGAUGGCUACCUCUGGGGGCCUGACUGUCGUACACUCGGAGUUCGCCUCGGGCAGCUAGCAGAGGUUCUACAAGGAUUUGGUCUGACUCUGAACAUCGCCAAGUGUGUCCUCUACUGUUCCCCCUACUGCCCAGGACCACAUAAGCUCCGACUACAUCGCGUCACCUUGGAGGCCUCUGACCACCUCCCGGUGAUGGGCCUGAAGAUGAGGGUAGGGAUGAGCAUGAGUGAACUUAUACAGCCACUCCUGUCCCGGGCCAGGUCCAAAUUUUGGGGCUUGAAGCACUUGUUCCGCUCAAAGACUCAGGCCAAAGGGAGGGUUCAGCUAAUGCAUCGUGUUAUCUCCAACACUGCUCUCUGGUGCAUCGCUGCUCUUCCCCCUGAUCGUCCGGCGCUCGCCCUCGUCAACUCGUUCCAGGCUCUUCUGCUGACGUGGCUUUUGCGGCUUGGAAAACGAGCCGAUGAGGACUGGCCCGCCUUCCGUAAACGAGCGGUGCGAAGUGCCCGGUACUCCCUCCAUGUGGCAGGGUGUCCCCGGUGGAGCACCUGCUGGCUUACUCGGUGGUGGACAUUUGCUGGUCACAGGGUCAGGGCCUCGCAACAACAGUUUCCCCCGAUCUCCACAAUCCUGGAAAUGUUCCGUGACAGGCAAUGGUGGCAGAAGGCCAAAGAUGCAGGGCUGUCCCACCCGGGACGUUUCUUCGCGCGGCUGCACUCCUUGGACAAGGCCAUGGAUACAGUGUGUGGGGGACCGUGGAGGGUUUAUGCUUUGGAUCGUGCAGCUUGGCAAGCUAAACUUUCGACCUGGAUUCAACAGAGGGACCGUGUGAUUCCAAUGUGCGAUCGCCACCCCGGCUUUGGAGCCUUCUACAUGUACUUUCUCUUGCCCGCCCUCGGUACGAGUCUGCCCUUCUUCGCCCAGCUCCCAGGUGUGCUCGCGCCAAUCCCGGAUGACUACGGCAACUGGCCGCCGAUCUGGUUCACAGAGGCAACUCUCCGAGGACGAGACCUGGCAGCACGAGGGCUUCGUAUGUCGGAUGCCCUCGCGAUGCUAGCCCGGGCUGCCUCCCACCGCAACUUUGCCACCUACACGAACUUCGCAUCCAGAACGGCUGUGGCUAUUGGGAACACCUUGGAGCUGCCCGUCUCCAACCUGGCGCCUGAGGAGAUCCACCUGGACCUCCGUGUCUGGGUGACCUUUGUGGAGGCCCAUAUCCUUGAGGAGUUCUUGGAGCAUGAGUACCCCUUCCAGCAGGGACUUUACGAAGGUCUCCGCAAUGUGAACCCGAACCUGGCCUCCCUUCCCGCGCCACCGCAGGAGACCAUGCUCCGAGCUCAACGCCGGGAAGAGUUCAACCAACUCCGACGCGAUCCUCCUUUCAUUCGACACCUCCGUGCCUCUACUGGACCGGCUUUCCGAUCUCACUCCCUCAUGCGGCUUGAGUGGGUGGGCCGGUGCGUGGGCGACUUCCACGAUCUCUACCACGCGGGCUACAACCUGCAUGGGGUCUUCGAAGAAAUGGUGGCCUUCAUCAGAGCCAGGGACAAUGGUAGCUAUCGCUCCCUCGCACUCCCCUAUUACAGAGAAGUUCUCAGCCAGCUGGGCACCUUCUUGGGCUCACCGGACUCUUCCAGGCCGCCACAGGCUUCUGAAUGGGUUGCUGACAGGGAGUCGGAGCUCUGGUACCUCUACAACUACCACGGCUUGGAGGCUCGAGAUGUUGAUGUGGACGACAUUUCGGUUGGCAAUGCUUCUUCAUCCAACCGUUCCUGUGCUGAGGAGGCCGCUGAUGAUGUGAGCUCCCUCAUGGAUCGCAAGGGGGUCAACAAGAGAUGGCUCAAGAAUGCACCUACUCGCCGCUACGACGAGCACCUUCUCGCCCACGGACUCCCCAUGCCUCUACCACACCCCGCUCUUUGA